GUCGUGGCUGAACUUGAGACUGUUCACCCCCGUUGGUUGCGGUGAAUGAUUUGGAUAGUUUUGUUUUACUAUCUAGUGUAGUAGUGGACUCAAACUGAUCCAUGGAAUUGGUCGUAUAAUCUCGAUUCUCCAAAAACUGAUUACAACCUAGUAUAGUAAGCAAGCGUGUGGUUUGGUUUGUCGCUUCAGCAGAGAGCACCCAACACCCUAACCGAAACUUUGGAUUGUUGAGGGCAUCGUAGCAGAGCGAUACGGUCAGACGGAUCAACGAUGGCAUUUUGAUUUACUGAGUUAGAACACUUGUCAGCUCUAACCAGGAUGGAGAACGGGAAAAAAGACAGUGAUCCUGUGCAGUCAUGCCAGGUAAAAGUGAACAUUGACUCCAGCAGUUAUGAGAUGGUUUCGACCAGCCCUAAACUUUCCAAGAAAAUCAAGAACCGAAUUCGUGGUAAGAUCCCGCGAGGCUCCAAGACAACAACAGAAAGUGUUGAGCUGCAGGAUAUGGGCUUCAGUCGCCAAACCUCUGGCUAUGAAUUGGGAUUCAGCAAGAACUAUAUGAGCGGCAGUAUCCAGUUCGUGUCAGAUGGUGCUGAUCUUCGCUACAAGAGACGCAAGUAUAUGGUUGUACAUCCCGAUGAAAAACCUGACACGAUUGUACAUGCUAUGACCAAGAAAUGGAAUGUACAUCUCCCAAAGCUGCUGCUGUGCCUUGUUGGUGGUGAUACGACGACAGCCAGUUUGCCUAUGCAGAGAGCCUUCAGCAAAGUGUUGGUAGAAGCCCUGCUGCGCACUGAUGGGUGGUUAUUCACUGGUGGGCUUAAUUGUGGGAUGAUUCGGUGUGUCGGCCAGGCGUUGACUAAGUACGUUAUCGGUCGUGCCAUGCUCAGUCACCAGGAUGUUGUCGCAGUUGGUGUGGCUCCGCUCCAUGUGCUGAGCCAGAAUAAAAAGCUGCUUGGAUCCGAGAGGGACCCAGUUGAGUACAACAUGAUGAGUUACGAGGAGGACAGUGGGAUGAAAUGCCUUGAACCGAACCACACCCACUUUAUCCUGGUUAAAGACAAAGACAAGGAGAGUGUGGAUGAAGCUAAGAUUAGAGAUAAACUAGUCAGUAUGAUUGCAUCACGCAAAAUCAAAGGAAGCAAAGCAACUGUACCUGCUCUGUAUCUGGUGUUUGGGGGUGGCGUUGCAGCUAUUGAGACUGUGCAUGAUGUGGUCAUCAACAGGAAGUUACCAGUUCUCAUUGUGCCGUUUUCUGGAGGGGCAGCGGAGGUGCUGACUGAGGCCAUUGAGGCAUCACGACGAAGUGACGAUAUUGAGUAUGGGAUACCCUACAACCUCAUACUGAACCAAAUAAUUGGAAGCAAGAUGAAUAUAGAGGGUAAAAAUCACAUCCGCACCAAAGAUCAGAUCAAUGAGAUCAUCAAGAGGAAACAUCUCAUCAAUAUUUACGAUAAAGACGACAGAAUCGAAGAGGAGAUGUUGAAAGCACUCAUGAAAGCCAGCCGAGGGAGCAAAGUCGAAGAUGAACUCCUGCUCGCCGCCAUCUGGAACAGAAUGGAAAGAGCCAAGGAGCUUGUGUUACAAGCAUCACGGAAGAACAGUGAUCUCUUCAGUGUUGUCUACUAUUCUCUAGUCAACAACCAGUCAAAGUUCGUCAAACUUUGCAUUGAUGAGACGCAGUUUGACCUGAAGGAGUUUUUGUCGCAGAGUAUGUUGGUCAAGCUCUACAACGAGGUCAGUACGUCAUCGGUUUUGCAUCAACUUUUGUCAAAAGAGAGAGCCAAAAGGAAGGGUUGUCGUUUCACACUUGGUGAUGUUGCUAAUGUCUUGAAGCGUCUCAUCUUCGACACCUACGAAUCGUCGUACCCAGCUGAAAAAGAAGACAAGGUGAAGAUGAAUUCCAGUGGCAUUGAUGACGAUGGAAGCACCUUCAAAGACCCCAUGAAAGAACUGUUUGUGUGGGCCGUUCUCCAGCAGCGCUUCUCGAUGGCCAAGCUCUUCUGGAAGAGAGGAAAACCUUCGAUCGGGGGUGCUUUGUUUGCCAGUAAAGUGCUGAAGGAAAUGUCAAGUAUGGUCACGUUAAACCCUCAAGCGUCUUCUGAGAUGUUUAAGAAUGCCAAGGAAUUUCAGAUAAUGGCCAUAGACAUUCUAAGCUUAUGUUUUGCUGAGGACAGGCGCCGGACAUCCACACUCCUCGUACGCAAGAUGCCUGAUUGGGGUCAGCUGACGUGUUUGAGCCUGGCUGGCGCGGGCAGGAAUAAAGAAUUCAUUGCCCAGGACGGUGUGCAAAAUCUACUGAGUGAAAUCUGGAUGGGUAGACUAUCACGUAGCACUGGGCUGUUUAAGAUUUGGUUCUGCAUAUGUGUACCGUUUUCUUGCCUCUGUUUGGUUACCUUCAUGUCCAAAGAUGACCCCAGUGUACCGGUCAAAACAAUGAUGAAACGUAAGGCUCAACAAAACGAUGACUAUGAGGACCUCCCAAAGAUGAAAGUCAAGCAGGGUUCUGUCGACAGUUACCAGUCAGUUGGUGCUUGUGAUGAAACUGAUGGCAAGGAAAGAAAUCGACACACUAAUCAUCGAGGUGGCUGUCUACCUUACAUUUAUAACUGCCUCUACAAUAUGAAAUUGUUCUACGGAGCGCCAGUGAUAAGCUUCCGUUUGAGCUUGGUUGCACACUUUUUGUUCCUUGGUCUGUUCAGCUACAUUUUACUGACUAAUUUCCAUGAGAAGAUCUCCAUUCCUGAGAUGGUGCUGAUCUUCUGGGCGUUCACUCUCUUCACCGAGGAACUCAGUGAGCUAUUUAAUCAGGACUACUGUACACUAUACAACUGCUUCAAAUCCUGGCUGUUUGGAUACUGGAACUCUGUGGAUCUUGUCUCACUUCUAAUGUUCGCCAUCGGCAUCGGUCUGCGAUUCCAUCCCGUCACCCUGGAAGCAGCGCGCAUCGUGUUAGCGCUCGAUCUUAUCGUGUUCUACUUGAGGAUCCUUCACAUCUGCUCGGCUAGCAAGCUACUCGGGCCCAAGCUCAUCAUGCUCAUAAGAAUGAUGGUGGAUUUGUCCAUAUUCAUCUGUAUCCUGCUCGUGUUCAUGGUGUCCUAUGGAGUAGCCUGCCAGUCCAUCCUCUUUCCCAACACUGAGGACCCUCUGAAGAUUGCGAAAAGUGUUUUCUUUAGGUCCUACUUCCAGCUGUAUGGAGAGUUGUUCUUUGACGAAAUGGACAGGGAAGAAAUGGAUUGUGUCGACACUAAGGAAGAGAUAGUUGGUGACAUGGAAUUGUGUCCGCGCCAUUCUUGGUUUGGUGUCAUCGUCCUGGCAAUCUAUCUCUUCUUAAGCAACAUACUCCUCUUGAAUCUCCUCAUUGCGAUGUUAAAUAACACAUUUACACGUGUCCAUGAGAAAACGGAUAUUUUCUGGAAGUUCCAACGUUAUCAACUCGUCGAGGAAUACUAUCGACAGCCUUUCGUCAUCCCACCGUUUAUCAUCGUGGUUCAUGUCUACCAAGUGAUCCGCUGGGCAUGGAGUAAAUGCUGUCCAUGUAGGAAAGAGUUGUAUCGGUCAGACAAUUUGAUGAAGAAAGACCUUGGACUUAACGAAGAGAUUGAGAUCUCAACUUGGGAAGUGAUUAAAGGGGAGGACUACCUCGCCCAGAAGAAGGAAAAGACCAACGAGGACCUGGUGAAGCGGUUAAAGAUGACCGAGGAAAAACUGGGGAGUUUGUCAUACAGCAUGAAGAACUACUUUGAAGGGAAGAGACUAGGCAAAGCACUCGAGGCACGAUUCAGUUCCCUAGAAGAACAGAUUUACGAUUCAAUGGAGAGAAGGAACAAGAAUCAGGGGGGAGACACUACUGUGGAUGGAGGAGGAGGCAGUUCAUGUUUGCAGGUCAAUUCAUCACCUCUGGUGCGUAAAUUAUCAGGGAGAAAGUCCAAAAAAGCUGGUAAUAAUUAUUAACGGACUAUGACAGGGCUAAAAAUCGCCAUCUAAAUGGCAUGCACUUCAUCUCAAGAGACCCCACAGCUGUCUCUCUCUCUAUAUAUCUUAAGUCCAUUAGCGCAUCCGCCCUCCUGUGGUGGUCCGAGUAAAGAACUCUCUCCAAGCCUCUCUGUCCACAAAUGUUGUCAGUCCAUCUGGCUUUCGUCUUCCUCUUUCAGCGCAACCAGCAACAAAACGUCCUGAAUUCCAUGCACUGCUGCUCAACUUCUCAAGAUUUCCCCUGUCCAUCCUUGCAAUAUGCCCUAAAAACUCCAGCUUCUUCUUAGGUAUGAUGUUAACUAAGCUUUUUAGGU